AUGAAUUUCCCUCUUCAUAUUGAAGUGGUACAGAAAAGACAAAGUCGAGUGUCUAAAGACCACGUGAAGGAAAUUGUUCACUCUUAUUUAUCUAAUUUCGCGUGUUUGACUCCCGGAGCUAUAAUAUCCACGGACGAGAUCGAUGAAAGUUUGGAUUUACGAGAUCACGUACAGUCCAUUGCGAUAUGCGAUGUGGACUAUGAAACUGAAGUGCAAAUGACAAACGUAGAAUUAGAUUAUCAUGUAUACAAAUUGGACAAUUUUGGUGCCGAGACCGACACGAUGACGGACGCUACCUCCGGGGACGAACUCGCCGCCGCGGACGUGUGGGCUCUGCCCUCGGAAGAGUUUCACGGUCUCUGGGAAAGUUUGGUGUACGACUCGAAACUAAAAGAAGACACUCUUCGAUUCGCCGAAACCGCGUUCGAGUUUGCCGAUCGAGGAGUCGAUCAGACAGUCGUCGGCUGCAACCGGGUAAUCCUGCUGCACGGGCCUCCCGGAACAGGCAAGACAAGCCUGUGCCGGGCGCUCGCCCAGAAGCUGGCCGUGCGCCUUGGCGAUCGAUUUCCACGGGCUCGUCUCCUCGAAAUCAAUGCGCACGGUCUAUUCUCAAAGUGGUUCUCGGAGAGCGGUAAACUCGUUGCUCGCCUGUUUGACCGCGUGCGCGAUAUCCUUGACGACCCUCGUUUACUCGCGUGCGUGCUUGUCGACGAGGUCGAAUCGCUGGCGCACGCGCGCAGGUCGGCGCUCGCCGGCCUCGAACCGUCCGACUCUAUCCGAGCAGUAAAUGCGAUUCUAACGCAGCUCGACCGACUACGUCGGUACCCGAACGCGCUCGUGCUCGCGACCUCAAAUGUGACCGGUGCGAUCGAUGCCGCGUUCGUCGACCGCGCGGACGUGAAACGGUUCGUGGGACCGCCGUCGGCGCGCGCCGCCUACGAAAUUUUGCGAGGUUGCUGUGGUGAACUGGUAGCACGCGGUGUGGUGACGGGCGGUGAGCGCGCAUUUCCUCUACGCGCGCUGGAGGGCUCGCGUUUCGCCGAAAGCGCCGCGUCUCGCUGUAGCCUGCGGCUGUGGGACGCGGCGCGUGAGGCGGCGGCAGCGGGGGCGUCAGCGCGGGCGCUGCGGCGGCUUCCACUGCUGGCGCGCGCGUUACACUGCCCCUCCCCGCGGAAGGCGCCGGACCUCACUCAGUUCGUGGAGGCGCUCCACGCGGCGCUCCGGCAGCACCUUGCUGAUGCUGCGCACCUCGAUGCGCCUGCUCACUGACCCUCCCUGACGCCAUUCCCAAAAUGUACAGUAGUUUUAAGUGUAACGUCUUGAGUGACUCUUGAAUUGUUUACUUUACAGUGAUGUUGCCAUGUGAGUUUCUGAGAAACCUCAUUAAAGAAAGGAUCUAAUAAAUAUUUUACUACUUUAUUAAGUGUAUAGUCAUAUGGACUGAAAAUAAAUUUUAAUUAAUAUU